AGCUAGAUGAGAGAUUGCUGUCACUUAGAUUUGUUAUUUUCCAGAUUUAUCGCUCCGACGAUGCUCCCUAUUACCGGCGGGGCAAUAAGGUGCUGCUCGCGAUAGUUGCAUGGAAUGUGGCCAUGGCCAUCUUUGUCAAGAAUUAUUAUACUUGGCACAAUAAGUCGCGGGAUCGCAUUUGGAAUGCGUUGGACUGCAGACGAAAAGAACAACUACUUGCAAACAACGAAGGAUUCAGGUACCAAGAAGUUGGACUUUCGGUUCGCAAGCUGAAAGGUAUCCACGGAUUGAGAUGGCAUAUCGAGAAGAACGAAUAGUUCAAAUUGGUUAAUUGAUGCCUUGAAGAUAAUGUUCAAAUUGCCGCCUGGUUCGUGCCAGGCGAUU